AUGCCGGGGGGCAAGAGAGGGCUGGUGGCACCUCAGAACACAUUUUUGGAGAACAUCGUCAGGCGCUCCAGUGAAUCGAGUUUCUUACUGGGAAACGCCCAGAUUGUAGAUUGGCCUGUAGUUUAUAGUAAUGACGGUUUUUGCAAACUCUCUGGGUAUCAUCGAGCUGACGUCAUGCAGAAAAGCAGCACUUGCAGUUUUAUGUAUGGGGAAUUGACUGACAAGAAGACCAUUGAGAAAGUCAGGCAGACUUUUGACAACUACGAGUCAAACUGCUUUGAAGUUCUCCUGUACAAGAAAAACAGAACCCCCGUUUGGUUUUAUAUGCAAAUUGCACCAAUAAGAAAUGAACAUGAAAAGGUGGUCUUGUUCCUAUGCACAUUCAAGGAUAUUACGUUGUUCAAACAGCCAAUAGAGGAUGAUUCAACAAAAGGUUGGACAAAAUUUGCUCGAUUGACACGGGCUUUGACAAAUAGCCGAAGUGUUUUGCAACAGCUUACGCCAAUGAAUAAAACAGAGGUGGUCCACAAACAUUCAAGAUUAGCUGAAGUUCUUCAGCUGGGAUCAGAUAUCCUUCCUCAGUAUAAGCAAGAAGCGCCAAAGACGCCACCACACAUUAUUUUACAUUAUUGUGCUUUUAAAACUACUUGGGAUUGGGUGAUUUUAAUCCUUACCUUCUACACCGCCAUUAUGGUUCCUUACAAUGUUUCCUUCAAAACGAAGCAGAACAACAUAGCCUGGUUGGUGCUGGACAGUGUGGUGGAUGUUAUUUUUCUGGUUGACAUUGUUUUGAAUUUUCACACAACUUUUGUGGGACCUGGUGGAGAGGUCAUUUCUGACCCCAAGCUGAUAAGGAUGAAUUAUCUGAAAACUUGGUUUGUGAUUGAUCUGUUGUCCUGUUUACCUUACGACAUCAUCAAUGCCUUUGAAAAUGUGGAUGAGGGAAUCAGCAGUCUCUUCAGUUCUUUAAAAGUGGUGCGUCUCUUGCGACUGGGCCGUGUUGCUAGGAAAUUGGACCAUUACUUAGAGUACGGAGCCGCGGUCCUUGUGCUCCUGGUAUGUGUGUUUGGACUGGUUGCCCACUGGUUGGCCUGCAUAUGGUACAGCAUUGGGGACUACGAGGUCAUCAAUGAAGUCACGAACAACAUCCAGAAAGACAGCUGGCUAUACCAGCUGGCCUUGAGCAUUGGGACUCCGUAUCGAUUCAAUACCAGUACAGGGAUAUGGGAAGGAGGACCCAGCAAGGAUUCACUGUACGUGUCCUCUCUCUACUUUACCAUGACAAGCCUUACAACCAUAGGAUUUGGAAACAUAGCUCCUACCACAGAUGUGGAGAAGAUGUUUUCGGUGGCCAUGAUGAUGGUUGGCUCUCUUCUUUAUGCAACUAUUUUUGGAAAUGUUACCACAAUCUUCCAGCAAAUGUACGCCAAUACCAACCGAUACCAUGAGAUGCUGAAUAAUGUACGGGACUUUCUGAAACUCUAUCAGGUCCCCAAAGGCCUUAGUGAACGAGUCAUGGAUUAUAUUGUCUCAACAUGGUCCAUGUCUAAAGGCAUCGACACAGAGAAGGUUCUCUCCAUCUGCCCCAAGGACAUGAGAGCUGAUAUCUGUGUUCAUCUAAACCGGAAGGUUUUUAAUGAACAUCCUGCUUUUCGAUUGGCCAGCGAUGGGUGUCUGCGCGCCUUGGCGGUAGAGUUCCAAACUAUUCACUGUGCUCCCGGGGACCUCAUUUACCAUGCUGGAGAAAGCGUGGAUGCCCUCUGCUUUGUGGUGUCAGGAUCCUUGGAAGUCAUCCAGGAUGAUGAGGUGGUGGCUAUUUUAGGAAAAGGCGAUGUAUUUGGAGACAUCUUCUGGAAGGAAACCAGCCUUGCUCAUGCAUGUGCCAAUGUCCGAGCACUGACUUACUGUGAUCUCCACAUCAUCAAGCGAGAAGCCUUGCUCAAAGUCCUGGACUUUUAUACGGCUUUUGCAAACUCAUUCUCAAGGAAUCUCACCCUUACUUGCAAUCUAAGGAAACGGAUCAUUUUCCGUAAAAUCAGUGAUGUGAAGAAAGAGGAGGAGGAGCGCCUCAGGCAGAAGAACGAAGUCACGCUCAGCAUCCCUGUGGAUCACCCGGUCCGAAAGCUCUUCCAGAAGUUCAAGCAGCAGAAGGAGCUGAGGAAUCAGGGGUCAACGCAGAGCGACCCGGAGCGGAACCAGCUCCAGGUAGAGAGCCGCGCCUUGCAGAAUGGAGCGUCCAUCACCGGCACCAGUGUGGUCACGGUGUCACAGAUCACACCCAUGCAGACAUCUCUGGCCUACGUGAAAGCCAGUGAGUCACUCAAGCAGAACAACCGUGAUGCCCUGGAACUCAAGCCCAAUGGUGGUGCUGACCCUAAAAGUCUCAAAGUCAACAGCCCAAUAAGAAUGAAGAAUGGAAAUGGGAAAGGGUGGCUGCGACUCAAGAAUAAUAUGGGAGCCCAUGAGGAGAAAAAGGAAGACUGGAAUAAUGUCACAAAGGCUGAGUCCAUGGGGCUAUUGUCGGAGGACCCCAAGGGCAGUGACUCAGAGAACAGCGUGACCAAAAACCCAUUAAGAAAGACAGAUUCUUGUGACAGUGGGAUUACAAAAAGUGACCUUCGUUUGGAUAAGGCUGGCGAGGUGCGAAGUCCGCUCGAGCACAGCCCCAUUCAGGCUGAUGCCAAGCACCCCUUUUAUCCCAUCCCCGAGCAAGCCUUACAAACCACACUGCAGGAAGUCAAACACGAACUCAAAGAGGACAUUCAGCUCCUGAGCUGCAGAAUGACUGCCUUGGAGAAGCAGGUGGCAGAAAUUUUAAAAAUACUCUCAGAAAAAAGCGUGCCCCAGACCUCUUCUCCCAAGUCCCAAAUGCCACUCCAAGUACCUCCCCAGAUACCAUGUCAGGAUAUUUUUAGUGUUUCCAGGCCUGAGUCACCUGAAUCUGACAAAGAUGAAAUUCACUUUUAA